AAUUUCGUCCAUGUCAUUGAUUGAUUCAAAGAAAACCACUCUUGUAAUUCUAUUUCUAUAUAAACAAAACAACGUCAUUCUUAUCACUAUCCAGUAUCCACCUCUUGAUACAUCAUCACAAGAAGAUGGUUCGGUUAAGCAACAACUUGAUCGGCAUUCUGAAUUUCCUGACCCUGCUUCUCUCCAUCCCAAUCCUCGUCACCGGGGUCUGGCUCAGCAAGCAGGCAAACACCGACUGCGAGCGCUGGUUGGAACGCCCCGUCAUCGCCCUCGGCGUCUUCCUCCUCCUCGUCUCCCUCGCGGGACUCAUCGGGGCCUGUUGCCGCGUCACGUGGCUCUUAUGGCUCUACCUGCUCGUCAUGUUCGUCCUCAUUGUGCUCGUCUUCGCCUUCACCAUCUUCGCCUUUGUGGUCACCAACAAGGGUGCCGGUCAGGUCGUUUCUGGAAGGGGCUACAAGGAGUACAAGCUCGGAGAUUACUCCAAUUGGUUGCAGAAGAGGGUUAACAACACUAAGACUUGGAACAAAAUCAAGAGCUGCUUGCAAUCUGGCAAACUCUGCUCUGAUUUCAAAUCACGCUUCUUGAACGACACUCUUCAACAGUUCUACUCUGAAAAGUUAACGGCGCUUCAGUCUGGAUGUUGCAAGCCAUCAGAUGCAUGCAAUUUCACCUAUCAAAGUCCUACUGAAUGGAACAAACCACAAAAUGCAACUUACACCGAUCCUGACUGUGAUGCUUGGAAUAAUGAUCCAAGCGUUUUGUGCUUCAGUUGCAAUUCAUGUAAAGCUGGAUUAUUGCAAAACAUUAAGACUGAUUGGAAGACAGUAGCUGUUGUCAACAUUAUAUUCCUAAUCAUUCUCAUCAUUGUCUACUCCAUUGGAUGUUGUGCAUUCAGGAACAACCGAAGGGAUAAUUGGAAGUCAUAUUAACCUCAUCACUAUAUUCAUUCUUAUUAACUAAUGCAGAGAUGAUGAUCAAGUUAGACAUUAUUUGGUUUAUGGUCUGGCUUUUAUGCAGUUAAGUACAGUACAGUUUCAUUGUAAAUUGCCCUGCUCUUUAUUGCACUUAUUGCUUAGUACUCUACCUUAGCUUCCUUUAAUUUUGUAAUUAUCUGGAUAUUAUUUUCAUCUUGUUUUUCUAUUCUCAGUUUGAUCACUUGUGAUUUAAUGGAUGUUUAUCUAUUAUAUUA